AUGGCAGACUUUGAGCCGCCCGCCAAAAAGGCGCGGCUGGACUUGGACGCACCUGGCAACGGGAGUCUUGACGACGCGCCCGGCUCGCCUGUCGAUGAUCUCGACGACGACUUCUACGAGACCUCAGCCGCCGACAAUGCGCAUUCCGCUGAGCCUAUCCAGGAUGCCCCUCUCAAAGGCGGCCUGGACAGUAAAGGAGACGCGCCGCCUACAGAGCCGGUUAGCGCAGCAGGUGCUCAGAUCCCAGGCCUCGGCCUCUGGGGCGAGCCCUCUGUCCAGCAGCAGCCUCCCGUGCCGAAUGAGGGCGGUUCGGAAGACGGCGAGGUGUCUGAUGAGGAGAACUUCUACGCUGAAGUGAACCCAGACGCCGCCGUUGCUCAACAGCAGCAGGCCGUAGGCGAUGCGCCCCAGCUAGAGAGUAAGCUAUCGCAACCUGGCCAGCUCUCGCUCUUCUCACAAUCUGUAGACGGCGCUGAAGCUUCCGCUGCUGCUGCGCUUAUCGCAGACGGAGAGGUGCCCAAGAGCCUCAAGCGCAAAGCAUCCUCGCCCCCUGUCGAAGCCCACGAUGACGAUGACGCACAUCUUGUUGAUGCGAUCACUGCAGCUAUAACAAAGGACGACACCCCGCCCGCACAGCAGGAGGAUGACGGCAAAGCUGAAUUUCUCGAGGCAGCGGCAGCGAACAAGGAUGUCAAAGAUGCAGAGUGGGAGCUUGAUUCGCAAGCUUCGAGCUCAAGCUCAUCCGGCUCGUCCAGUGAUUCCAGCUCUGACGAAGACGGCGAAGCUUCUGAUGAUGGCGAGCUGCUGUCUCCAGCGGAAAUGGCCAAGCGCCUACUUGAGGCCGAUCCAGAUGAGGACGACCCAAGCGCAAGCAAGACCGCGAAAGUGCGCACACAAAAUGAGGUUGAUGAGGCAUACGUCAAGCCAGACAUCACAAUGACCGAUGACACAAAGAUCACGGAACUUGGCACAGUCGAGUCUGUUGUCGACAACGUAGUCGUUGUCAAGGCCAACAUAUCAGGGGACUAUCAUGUGCUAGAGGCUGGCUCUGCGCUGUGCCUGGGCAAUCGAACGGUCAUCGGCCAGGUUUCGGAGACUAUCGGCCGCGUACAAGACCCUAGAUAUUCAGUUGGGUUUGCAGACCCGGCAGAAAUCGCGGCCCUAGACAUAACGAAGGACACGUCCAUUUAUUAUGUUGAUGAACAUUCAUCCUUUGUGUUCACCGAGCCUCUACGGGCUCAGAAGCACACCGACGCCUCCGGCCAAUAUGACGAAGAAGCCAAGAUGCAAGAGUUCUCUGAUGAUGAGCAGGAAGCGGAACACAAGCGUAACUUGAAACAGCAGAAGAAGGCGCGAGCACAGGGCGCUGACGAAGCUCCUUUCAAUCCUCCCACCGGCCCUUCCGCGUAUGUCAAUCCUACGUUAUUGUCCCACCCUACUGACCUGAAUAGCUAUCGCGAACGUUCGCCACCUAAUCCCUCCGCCUACACUGGUGGAGGUCUCAAGUAUAGCGACGAUGAAGACGAAGACUUUGGCAUGUAUAAGCCACUUGCUCGACCAGACCGGUUCGAAGAUAUAGUCGGUGCCGGUGCACCGCUUGAGGAUCGCAGUCACGUUAGGCGGGGCAUGAUGCGAGGUGGCCGAGGAGGCUGGACGGACCGCGGACGGGGAUUCCGUGGUAGAGGGGGUGGUGGCCGCGGAGACAGAGGCGGCAUGGGUGGCGGUCAUCCAGGCGACAGAGGUGGCCGGGGUGGAAUGGGUGGCCAACGAGGUGACAGAGCCGAUAGAGGAGGAAUGGGUAGAGGAGGUGGCCGAGGCGACCGAGGCGAUCGAGGUGGACGCUUUGGAGGAUCUCCUGAAAGACCAACACGGCAAGAAGAGCAUCCUCGCAGGACUCCGCUACCACCGCAGCAGGACAUUCGACCUAACUUCCGAGCGCAGUUCUCACCUGCAGGAUCGCCACCACGACAGGACAUGGGUCCGUCUCCACGCGGAGGAAAGAAGAGAAACAAGAAGCGGAACCGUCGCGAACGAGAACGAGAGCGAAGGGAACAAGAGCGCCAGCGCGAGCAGGAGCGAGAUCGCGAACGCGACCGCGACCGCGAACGUUCAUCCCAGCCACCUCCCGCCGCUAAUGCUACUGCCUAUGCCAACAAUCAGGCACAGAGCGGCGGCGGAUGGAACUCAACUCCUGCCCCUGCACCAGCUAGCUCUUAUGCUCAACCUCCGGCGCCGCCUCCUGCACCAACUCCCUCGAAUUACUACGUCAAUCCUGGCCUAUUCCCUACGCAGGCUGUUGCCGCCGCCGCUCCUCCUCCGCCAGCGCAACCCCAGCCCAACUCAGCUCAAGCAUGGGCUCAAUGGUUACAGAUCGCAGCGUAUAUGCAGCAAGCACAACAAGGCCAACAGCCUCAAGCAGCCCCACCGCCUCCCCCUCAACCACCGGCUCAGCCUCAAGCUUAUCAGCAGUAUACUCAACCACCGCAACAGCCACAGCAGCCACAAGCCCAGUAUAGCUAUGGAUACCAGCAGUAUCAGCAGCAGCCGCCGCCACAGCCGCAACCAACCCCACCGGCCGAUCCACGCCUGCAGCAUCACAGCCAGCAACAGCAGCAGCAGCAGCCCGCUCAGGCGACACCUUCGAUUCAAGAUAUCCUCCGGGCCCUUGGGCAGUCGUCUGGUAGGUAA